AUGUGCACUGUGAAGGUGGCUGUGAUAAUUGGGCUGGGAGUAGGUGCGAUGCUUCUCACACAAAGUGAAACCCCGCUGGACUCUGCAGGCACUGGGUACCAACAGGUAUGGAGGGACUGGGGGCUGCUCAUGCGGGCUGUGUUCUGCAUCAUCGCCGGAGUCUCCCUCCUCGCCCUGGGCUGGCUGUACAGGCUACUCUUCGCCCCCCUGGAGCUGCUCAGGGGCCCCGAUGAUGUGGGAUACAUCGCCGAGGACGGUCGCUCCAAAGCCCGGGCGGCAAACGAGGUCCGCCGCAGGAGGAAAACCGGAGAGCUGCCUCCUGUGUAUCCAAACGGCUGGUACCGAGUGCUGGACUCACGCAUGCUGCAGAGAGGGGAGGUCAGGAGUGUCUCUGUUCUAGGUGAGCAGCUGGCGGUGUUUCGGGGCCAGGACUGGAAGGCCUACGUGGUGGAUGCCUACUGCCCUCACCUGGGUGCCAACCUGGCUGUAGGGGGACGGGUGGUGGGAAACUGCAUAGAGUGCCCCUUCCAUGGAUGGAAGUUUCAGGGGAACGAUGGCAAGUGCGUGAAGAUCCCCUAUGCAGAAAAAGUGCCAGAGUUUGCCAAGGUGCGCUGCUGGCCCAGCUGUGAGGUCAACGGCCAGAUCCUAGUGUGGUUUCACUGUGAUGGAGAAGAUCCUCAGUGGACCGUCCCAGAGCAGCAGGAAAUCACAAAGGGCGAGUGGGUCUAUCGGGGGAGGACCGAACAUUUUAUCAACGCUCACAUAGAGGAGAUUCCUGAAAAUGCAGCAGACAUCGCUCACAUCGCUCACCUGCACACGCCAGGCAUUGUCAGUGGAGUAGAUCUGCGUUACACCAACAGCAAAACCUGGGAAUUUGUGCGGCAUGACUGGAAGGUUCAAUGGGAGCCAGAGUCAGAGCCCGACAAGCAUUGCUCACAGAUGUUGGUGAAACAUGCGCUUACUGUGUUUGGAUGCCACUGGCCUCUGCUGGAUGUUUGUGUUGUGGCCAGACAGGUGGGUCCAGGAGUGGUGUUCCUGCUGUUUGACCACAAUUUCCUCGGCCGGGGUGUCAUCAUGCAAUCUGUGACUCCAGUGGAGCCUCUGCUGCAGUGUGUCUCUCACUCUAUCUUCUAUCAGUCUAAUAUCCCACCUCUGGUGCCCAAAUUCAUCCUCAAAGCAGAGUGCAUUCAGUUUGAGCGAGACGUGAUGAUCUGGAACAAUAAGAAGUACAUCUCCAAGCCUCUCCUCGUGAAGGAGGACUCAGCCAUCCAGAAGCACAGGCGCUGGUAUAGUCAGUUCUACAGCGAGAACAGCCCGCGGCUGCAAUACCAGCGCGACACUUUAGACUUCUGACCUCCCUGAACUACAGGAGGAGAGAUCAGCGGAGAAGAUGUCAGGUCAGGGUUGACGUUAAUCAGAGGUCUCAGAGGAGGGAGUCCAGGAUUGAUUUUCAUCCGUCACUUAAAAUAAAUGAAAGGAGGAGAGGACAGCGGACUUUUUUUGGAAGCCUGAACCUAACGUUUGACCUUAUAACCUCCUUUUGUUAAGACUUUUAAGCUUUAUAUAUGUAAGUGCCUACAGCUGUCAUUCAAUGUGAGUGGAUUCAGCCCAUGAAUGUGAAUGGCAUUGUUGUUACGCUGACCGUUAGAUUGUCAAAGCCACUUUGCUCUGCAAUAUGUGAAUAACCACUUAAACUGUGAUACAUUUUUAACCAAUAACAGUCAUGUUUUUUCUGUCUGUAUGUUUAACAUUAGUAAAUCUAAACCACCAGCCUUUAGUUUCAGUUCAGUCAAAAGGCUGCCUCGUCAGUAUGUGUCACAAUACUGUGAUUUGUUAUCAGUUUCUUUUCACUUUGGCUUUAUCUGCCUCUGCCGCAGGUGUGUUUGUUUUCCCAUUGAUAUCUCAGGUUACUCAGCAGCCGGAUGAUUGUGAUUUUCACGUCAUGGCGGUGUGCAAUGACACCUUAAAGGAGCAAUUGGUAAUGCCUAGCCACAUGCUGCUAAGAAAUGGAGGGCAGCAUUGUACUGGUCCACUACUGGGUCCAUACAAUCAUUAGUAAAUGAUAUAAUAUGUAAACU